AUGCAUAGUCAUCGUGCUUCAACAAAUGUUUUUAUUCUCCUUAUAAAAAUUGAAUCGAAAGAAAUGAAAAUGAUGUCAACAAUGUUUUUUUUGACACUUUUUAUUAUUGGUUUAUUCAAUCGAAUUGAUUGUGAAGAAAGAUGUGAUAAUAGUCUAUCAUAUGAAACAUGUUCAUCAAAUAGCGGAUGUGGUUGUCUUUCUCUCAGUCAUAAUAAUAUAAGUUCUAUUUGUGCAUUUUUAUAUGUCACUUGUUCUAAAUUAUCAUCAUGCGCUGCUGAUAACAAAACAUGUUAUCAACCAAACUAUACUUGUGUAAAACAUUCUCGAUGUCAACCUAGUCCAUUAUGUUAUCCAAUGCACAUGGCAACUCAAUCAAUAUGUCCAACAACAUUAACAACAACCAUAUCUCCAAUACCUAAUGACGGUAUUUGUGAAAAUGCAAAAUGGAAUACUGAUGGUAUAACAAUGGCGGGAGGAAAUGGAGCCGGGUCUCAAUUAAAUCAACUUCAUUUUCCGUCUGGAAUAUUCUUAGAUGAUGAUUCAAAUCUCUAUGUUGCAGAUGGAUUUAACCACCGAGUUGUUAAAUGGGAUUAUGGAUCUUCAGCUGGUCAAUUACUAGCUGGUGGAAACGACAUGGGAAAUCGAAGUGAUCAGUUUCGUUAUCCUAGUAGUGUAACUGUUGAUAAAAAUGGAACACUGUUUAUUUGUGAUGACGGUAAUGGUAGAAUCCAAAAAUGGAAGAAAAAUGCUCGCGAAGGAGAAACAGUUGUAUCAAAUGCAUCAUGUUACGAAAUUCAUAUUGAUAAUCGAGGUUCAUUAUACUAUUCUCAAGCUACUCACCAUAAAAUAAUAAAAUGGCCAGAAAAUGAAAUUAUUGCAGGUGGAGAUGAAGAAGGAAUUGAGUUAAAUCAAUUGUCAAAUCCAUAUGAUUUCUUUAUUAAAAACGGCAAAUCAAUAUUGAUAGCAGAUGGAGGAAAUCAUCGAAUUUUAGAAUGGAUUAUUGGUAAUAAACAAGGUUUUGUUAGAGCUGGUGGAAAUGGUGCAGGAAAUAAUCUUAAUCAAUUGUAUCAACCAAUGUCAGUUAUUGUUGAUCAAUCGGAUACUCUUUAUAUUGCUGAUUAUGAUAAUAAUAGAAUUAUGCGAUGGUUGAAAAAUAGUAAAUCAGGUAUUGUUAUUGUUGGAGAACGAGGAAAAGGUCAAGAAAAAGACCAAUUAGACAAUCCAUCUCAAAUAUUAUUUGAUAAAAAUGGAAAUUUAUGGGUCAAUGAUGACAUGAACCAUAGAAUUCAAAUGUUUAAGAUUGAUAAAAGUUCUUGUAAAACAUAA